AUGUCACUGGCUAUCAAUCCAAACCCCCCGCAAUCGCAGUCCGUCGUCAGUCACAACAAUACUACCCAAGAGCAUGGCGCCACCGCGAACGACGUCCCUGUCGACGCAGCAGCAGAUCUGGCAAAGAGAAGCUCCGACGAGACCCUGAUGGAGCGCGAUGAAAUCGUGGAUGCCCAGGUGGGCGAACUUGCACGACAGUUGACACGCCAAUCCACUCGAUUCGCGGCCAAAGGUGGUCUGCAGAACCCGUUCGUCAUAGAUGACCCCGAAUCAAGUCUCAACCCACACAGCCCCAACUUCCGAGCGAGGGACUGGAUUAAAAUGCUCUUUGAAUUGAGAUCACAAGAUCGCGGCACUUUCCCCGAAAAACAGGCAGGUAUCUCUUUUCGCAAUUUGAGUGUCCACGGUUUUGGAUCCCCCACAGACUAUCAAAAGAAUGUCUUGAACUCGUUGCUUGAGAUUGGAACACUAGUCCGAAGAGCCGUCGGAGCCAAGAUGCAGACUGUCCAUAUUCUGCGCGACUUUGAAGGAUUGGUCAGGAGUGGUGAAAUGCUGGUUGUGCUCGGAAGGCCGGGUAGUGGUUGUACAACUCUGUUGAAGACCAUUGCUGGUGAGAUGAAUGGUAUCAACAUGUCGGAGGACGCUGUAGUCAACUAUCAAGGUGUCCCUGUGAAGGAAAUGCACAACAACUUCAAAGGUGAAGCCAUCUAUACAGCCGAGACUGACGUUCACUUCCCCCAACUCACUGUCGGUGAUACACUCAAAUUUGCUGCUCUCGCAAAAUCGCCCCGAAACCGCUUCGAAGGAGUCACUCGUGACCAACACGCUACACAUAUGAGAGAUGUGAUCAUGGCAAUGCUUGGCCUCUCACAUACCAUCAACACCCGUGUUGGUAACGACUUCGUUCGUGGUGUUAGUGGUGGUGAGCGAAAGCGUGUCAGUAUUGCUGAGGCUGCCUUGAGUGAGGCUCCCCUGCAAUGCUGGGAUAACAGUACUCGAGGCCUCGACAGUGCAAAUGCUUUGGAAUUCUGUAAGAACUUGGCUCUGAUGAGCAAGUACGCAUCCACGACUGCUUGCGUAGCCAUCUACCAGGCUUCGCAAAGUGCAUACGACUGCUUCGACAAGGUUACCGUGCUCUACGAAGGACGACAGAUCUAUUUUGGAGGAGCCACGGAAGCCAAGCAAUUUUUCGUUGACAUGGGAUUCGAGUGCCCUGAACGUCAGACAACUGCUGAUUUCCUGACCUCACUUACCAGCCCUCAAGAGCGCAAGGUCCGCCCUGGAUUUGAAGGUCGCGUUCCGGAAACCCCUGACCAAUUUGUUACCGCAUGGAAAAACAGCAAAGCACGAGCCAAGCUCAUGCGAGAAAUUGAACAAUUCGAAUCGCAAUAUCCGCUUGGUGGUUCGUCGCGUGAUGCCUUCAUUGAUGCUCGUCGAGCCGCGCAGUCAAAACGCCAACGCACCAUGUCUCCAUACACAAUCUCCGUCUGGGACCAGAUUGCCCUUUGCACUCAUCGAGGUUUCCAACGGCUCAAGGGGGAUGCCAGUUUGACUCUCAGCGGGUUGAUCGGAAACUUCAUUCUUGCUCUGAUUGUCGCGUCAGUCUUUUAUGAUCUUGGGGAGGACACCGCAAGUUUCUAUGGACGUGGAGCUUUGCUCUUUUAUGCCGUCCUUCUCAGUGGUUUUUCUAGCGCUCUCGAAAUCUUGACAUUGUACGCUCAGCGUCCUAUUGUCGAAAAGCAAGCCCGUUACGCUUUUUACCAUCCAUUCACGGAGGCUAUCGCGUCCAUGCUUUGUGACUCACCGUACAAGAUUAUUAACUCUUUCACCUUCAACAUUCCGCUCUACUUCAUGACAAAUCUUCGUCGAACUGCAGAUGCCUGGUGGACCUUCUGGCUUUUCUCCGUCGUCACCACCUACACUAUGUCUAUGCUUUUCCGAACUCUUGCUGCAACAUCUCGAUCUUUGUCGCAAGCUCUUGUCCCAGCGGCUGUUUUGAUUCUUGGUAUGGUCAUAUACACCGGUUUCGUUAUUCCGACCAAGUACAUGCUUGGAUGGUCUCGUUGGAUGAACUACAUCAACCCUAUUGCUUACUCCUUUGAGAGCUUUUUGGUUAAUGAGUUUGCCAACCGUGACUUCAAUUGUUCGGUUAUGGUUCCUUCUGGAGGUGCUUACGACAGCGUUCCCCUGCAAUAUCGGAGUUGUAGCACCGUAGGCGCUGCCGCUGGUUCCAACACCGUCCAGGGAUCGGUUUACCUUGAGGAAAGUUUUGCUUACGUCAAGGGCCAUGAAUGGAGGAAUUUGGGUAUUCUGUUUGUUUUCAUGGCGGGCCUCGCUGCAGCAUACUUACUUUCUACCGAAUAUAUUUCGGAAGUUAAAUCAAAGGGCGAGGUACUCCUAUUCCGUCGUGGACACAAACCAACAAACUUGGCCUUCCCCGGCAGUUCUUCCGACCUAGAAUCUUCGGUGGGAGGUGCAGUUUCUGAGAAGAAGGUCAGUGGGCUCGUUACUGCUGGAACUUCGAGUUCAACUAGCCACGCUGGCACUGCGACUCCACCUGCAGAAGUUCAGAUCCAAAGGCAGACUGCCAUCUUUCACUGGCAAGAUGUGUGCUACGAGGUCAAGAUCAAGAGCGAAACCAGACAGAUUUUGGACCAUGUCGACGGUUGGGUCAAGCCUGGUACAUGUACCGCGUUGAUGGGUGUAUCCGGUGCUGGUAAGACUACUUUGUUGGACGUUUUGGCCACCCGUGUCACAAUGGGUGUUGUUACUGGAGAGAUGCUUGUGGAUGGACGAGCAAGGGAUCAAUCCUUCCAGCGGAAAACAGGCUAUGUUCAACAGCAGGAUGUUCAUUUGCCGACAUCAACGGUUCGUGAGGCUCUCCAAUUCAGUGCCUUGUUACGUCAACCCGGACAUCUGAGCCGUAAGGAAAAACUCAACUACGUUGAUGAGGUGAUCAAGCUUCUUGAUAUGGAGGCCUAUGCAGAUGCUGUCGUUGGUGUUCCAGGAGAGGGAUUGAACGUUGAGCAACGUAAGCGACUUACCAUUGGCGUUGAGCUGGCUGCCCGACCCCAACUACUCCUGUUCUUGGAUGAGCCCACUUCUGGCCUUGACAGUCAGACUUCUUGGUCUAUUCUGGAUUUGAUCGAUACCCUGACACGCCACGGGCAAGCUAUUCUCUGUACCAUCCACCAGCCCUCUGCCAUGUUGUUCCAGCGAUUUGACCGACUUCUUUUCUUGGCCAAGGGUGGAAAGACCAUUUACUUUGGUGAUAUUGGGGAGAACUCAAAGGUCUUGUCCAGUUAUUUCGAAAGAAACGGCGCAACUCCUCUAUCUCAGGGUGAGAACCCCGCUGAAUGGAUGCUUGAAGUUAUUGGUGCAGCUCCGGGUUCACAUACAGAUAUCGACUGGCCCGUGGUUUGGCGUAAGAGUCCCGAGCAUACCAAAGUGAAGGAACACCUUGCCGAGCUUAAAACAACUCUAUCCGUCAAGGAACCGGCUCCUCAAUCCGACGACCCAGGUGCUUUCCGCGAAUACGCUGCUCCUUUCCGUGUCCAGUUGUGGGAAACCAUGAAACGAGUUUUCUCACAGUACAACCGUACACCCAUCUACAUCUAUUCCAAGUUGGCUCUCUCCGUGUUAAGUGCCCUUUAUGUUGGAUUCUCAUUCUUCCAUGCCAAAAACAGUAUUCAAGGCCUCCAGAACCAAAUGUACAGUGUCUUCAUGUUGAUGACCGUCUUUGGUAACUUGUGUCAACAAAUCAUGCCUCUAUUCGUGACUCAACGUGCCAUUUACGAAGUUCGAGAACGACCUGCAAAGACAUACUCCUGGCAAGCAUUCAUGAUUAGCAACAUCUUCGUCGAACUACCCUGGAAUACCCUCAUGGCCGUGCUGAUGUUUGUCUGUUGGUACUACCCAAUCGGAAUGUACAACAACGCCAAACCCACCGAUAGCGUCACCGAACGCGGCGGUCUUAUGUUUUUGUUUGUUUGGGUUUUCUUGCUUCUAACCUCGACUUUUGCGCAUUUGAUUGUUGCUGGUAUCGAGACUGCCGAAACGGCUGGUAACAUUGUCACGCUGUUGUUUUCGCUCUGCUUGAUUUUCUGUGGUGUUCUUGCUACUCCUCAGGCAAUGCCUAGAUUCUGGAUCUUCAUGUACCGAGUCUCGCCACUUACAUACCUGGUACAAGGCAUGUUGUCGACCGGUCUCUCUGGCACGACUGUCGAGUGUGCGGAUGUUGAGUAUAUCACCUUCGAUCCUCCCCCUGGAUUUUCCACAUGCAUCGACUACAUGGGGGGAUUCAUCAACGCAACAGGUGGCUAUCUUCGUGAGCCCGAUGCUACAUCCAACUGCCAAUACUGCAUCAUCUCAAGCACGGAUACCUAUCUUGCAGCUAUUAACACUUACUUCUCGCAAGCAUGGCGCAACUUUGGUCUCAUCUGGGUGUUCAUUAUUUUCAACAUUGCGGGUGCUACCUUGAUUUAUUGGUUGGCUCGUGUGCCAAAGGGCAAGAAGUUUGCUGGCUCUUCCUAG